GAACCAGUGCAGCGAAAGUUUUCACAACUGCACGCACAUAUGCGUCGGCCUGCCAAACAAUGGCUACACAUGCCUGUGUCCUGGUAACAUGACCAUUGGACCGAAAAGGGAGUGCAUGUGCGCCGCCGGUCAAGUGGAAGGCUCGUCCGGCCACUGUGUAGAAGCGAGCCCGUGCGAUCCGGAGUCGGAGUUCCGCUGCGUCGGGUCCGGCAGCUGUCUGCCAAUGUCGUGGUACUGCGAUGGCGACAAUGACUGUGGCGACAUGAGCGACGAGACCAACUGCACGCACGGGUCGUGCGGCAACCCGGCCACGCAGUUCCAGUGUCGCACGACGGGCCGCUGCGUGCCCAGCAGCUGGACGUGCGACUUUGACCGCGACUGCCCGGACGGGUCCGACGAGGAGGGCUGUGGAGAUUGGACGCAGACGUACAACUCGACCACCUGCAGCACGGUAGAGUUCCGCUGCAACGACGGCAACUGCAUCGGACACGACCUGCUGUGUAACGGCGUCGCGGACUGCCCCGACUCCAGCGACGAGGACUACUGGAUGUGUCGCCAUUCCGAGCACAACACAACCACAGCGGCUCCUGCCACGUGCGACCCAAUACAGUUCCGCUGCGAGGAGGGGUCGUCGCCCCAGUGCAUUCUGGGUGCAUUCGUCUGCGACAAGGAGAAGGACUGCAAAAAUGGCGAAGAUGAGAAGGACUGUCCGGAGGGUGGCAUGUGCCAGGGCGAAAUGUUCCCGUGUCUCUUCAGCGCCGGUUGCCUCUCUAACGACCAGCUGUGCGAUGGCCACAAGGACUGCAUCGACGGCAGCGACGAGGUGUUCUGUGAUAAGGUGAACUUCACCGCUCCGACGUGUCCCACCGGACAGACUCAGUGUGUCGACGGCUCGGAGUGCAUCGAUGUCUUUCGCUGGUGCGACGGACACAUCGACUGUCUGGACAGCUCGGACGAAGACAGCGAGAAGUGCAAGGGUCUGGAGUCGCAGUCUAUCCACGUCGGCUACAUACAAGUGGACAGAAAGAGCGUGACAAACUCCAGCUUCCUGUUGCUAUGGGAACCGCCGAGCAACAGGCACGGCUUUGACAUCACCUACAAGCCAUCCAUAAGAUUGCAGGGCGGCGAGUGGAUGAACUACACGAACCAGCGCGGCAACUCGUUCCGCUUCCGCAACCUGCUGCCGAACACGCAGUACGAGGCGUCGGUGAGUGUGAACGCGACUCACGCCGGACACAGCCACCUACACGCCCUCUACGAACCCUACUCGAACGUGCUGACCAGCGACGGAUGUCCGACUGCCCCUCUGAAUGUGACGGUUAGCCAGCCUGAGGGAAUCGACAACACUGUCAGAGUAGUGUGGAAGGAACCACUCAGUCCAAACGGACUGAUAAGUACUUACAAGGUUUACUACACGCCACCCGUGCCGGAGAUGGUGGAGACAUCUGGUGUCAACAGAAUGGUCACCUACAUGUACGUGAAGAAUCUGAAGUCGACGGAGACAUACACAUUCCAGGUGGCUGCAGUAAAUGAGGCUCAUACCGUGUCAGGCAUUGCUUGCGUGGGUCCAAGGUCAGAAGCGGUGAAAUUCAGAUUCCAGGAAGCUCCCAUUUCCCAGGUGACGGGAGCGAAGGAGGAAGUCGGCAUGACGACGUCCACGUCGGUGAGUCUCAUCUGGGAUGCUGUGAAGGUUCCCGUCAAAGGCUACAAGGUCAUCUACGUGCAGGACGGCAUCAUCGACAUCGUCAUGACGACGACGCAGACGAAGCUGACAGUGGAUGGCCUAUCCCCCGGCAUCAAAUACGUGUUUAAGGUGUAUGCAUACAGAGACGAGGGUCAUUUCCAGGAAGCUGGACCAGAGACCUUUGUAGAGGUCACUACUAAAGGAAAGUCACUGAAAGCACCACGGCAGCUGGUGGCAAACACUGUCAAUGCAACAAGCGUGGAACUUAUGUGGAAGGCACCAGCCAAUGACACAACAGCCUGGACGUAUGGAAUUAGCUAUGGCGUUAACGAGCAUCGGCUGCUGCUGCGUGGCGAGCGAGCGAGAACGAGCGCGACCAGCAUCGUGCUGAAGCAUCUCGUCUCCUGUGAGGACUACAUCUUCAAAGUGCGCGUCGUCGGCCCGACCGGAAAGGGACCGUUCAGCAACGCCGCGCUCAGCCGCACCGAGUUCGAUGUUUUGAGCCAUCCGAAGAAGUUGGCAUGGGAACACCUCACGAACGUGACGUCUGUCAACGUCACUUGGUUGGCUUCUUGUGACAUCGUCAAAAAGCCGCUGGGCUAUGUAGUGAGAAUAGCCGACAAACAGGAUCCCAGCAAGCCUAGCUCGUUCACCCUCCCUCAAACAACAGCCGCUUUCAACAACUUCACACUGGUGAAUCUGAUUCGUGGUGCCACCUACGCGGUAACCAUGAAAACAAACGUGCUAGGUGCUAGGUGGACAAAUCCGUUGGAGAUUGAUAUAGCUUCAUACCCGGCACCUACCGAGGUGAAGGCAGUCCUCACACUGGGCGGCGUGUUGGAGCUGUCGUGGCGGGCACCAGCAGAGAUGCCAGCCGGCAUGGGAUACGCGAUCUGGGUUGCCGAGGGCGACGGCAACCUGACGCACCGCUACACGGCGCCGCCCGGCAACGAGUUUGAUUUCCCGGCGACGAUGCAGCUUGGCCGCUUCUACCGGUUCGCGGUCAGCGUUGACCGGGUCAGCGGUCACUACGGGCAGCUGUCGCGCACGUACGAAGCAGACAUACAUCCGCACGGCUACGCAGGCGGCGAGGACGCGCACGAGUCGUCGAUGCUCUACCGUGUCGUGCUGCCGUCUCUCGGUGUCGUCAUCGCCCUGCUCGUCGUCGGCAUGGUGAUCUUCUGGAUGAAGCAUCGGCGCCUGCGACGCAGCUUCCUUGCCUUCGCCAACAGCCACUAUGACACGCGGUCCGGCACGACUACGUUCAGCACGGACCUCGGUGGAGACGAUGAGGAAGACUCGCCGAUGAUACGCGGCUUCGCUGACGACGAGCCGCUCGUCAUCGCGUAACCAUGACGACCGAGACGACGACAAGACGACGAGCAGUCGCCACUGUACUCGUCGACCUCUGACGAUUUCACCGUCGCUCACGUAUUCUGUAAUAUGUAUAUAUAUGCACACCGCGAGAAGAAACGCUGAGGAAUUGCGCAUUUGAAAAAUCUGUCGUUGAAUCGUUAAACGCUGUCGCACGUUGAACGACAGCGCUCGCUGAACAAAUCUACGUGUCUGUGUGCCGAUGAUUGCUCUACAAGCUGCAGCUUCUCAGUUAGUUCGCUAGUUGAGCAUUCGCUCGCUCGCUCUCAAAAUGUUUACCUAACGGUGUUCUAUGUUAAGUUUGAACGCAAAUAGAGAUCAACUGGCAAUGGGGCCCUUGUCCUGACAUGUUCUCCAGGCAUGCUGGCCUGAAGUGUGGUAAUGUGCUUAUUAUUAGACAUGUGUAUAUAUAUAUGUAUAUAUAUAUAUAUAAAUAUAUAGUACAACCUGUCUUUGACCUAUCAGGAUGUAUGGAUCAGAGCUCAGUGCUAUGUUAGAGACUCACAAGACACAAUCUUUGGCUGGACAGGGCGCUUUGUAAACUUUGUAUAUAUUCACGGACAUUGAAACAAAAUGUGUACAUGUGCUUUCGGAUGUGCUUGCUCCGUCCCUGUCACGCCCGCAUUUCGUAGUUUCCAGGCGUGCGCACUAAUCGCCGACAAAUAUGCGACAUUUACUUGCAGGAAUGGUCGGGACAAGGACGUCAGAAAUUGAGUUUGUGUAACUGAGAGGGAGUUUGUAUAGCACGGUUUCCUACUGGCAGACUGGUGCUCUGUUAACAGCUUUUUCCAGUGGAAAAGGUUCUGAUAACUGGCAAGGGCGACGUGCUUUUCUCUUCCAUCACUGAUUCUAGUGUAAAAGCGCAAUAGUGGCUCGAAAACCGCUUGACACGUGACUAAAUAUUUAGAGUGGUUGACUUCCACUGAGACCUGUGCAUCGUGUGAUUCGGUGUUGCACACACACAAAUGCCUGUGCAGUAAUGAUCCAGAUCGAUGAAAAAUGUGCGACCGAGUGUGCUGUUUUUUUUGCUAUUUACGCGUUUUUUCUGCUCAAAUGCAUUCCGGGGGCGUGUUUACUUUUGAUGUUUGCUUCAUCGGUUUCAACAUCUCGUGGCACGAGCCUUCUGACUAUUUCGGUAGAGGCCAGUGCUCAUCUUCGAUAUACGUUCCUCCACCAUUCAAACUUUUGUUGAGGGUUUGAUCUGUGAUCGAUGAGUGUGUGGAAGUAGUGGUGUAACUGACUGCCUAUCUCGGGUAUAAGCGGCAAUUAAAGAGUAGAUAGUGCUUUGAUUAUAUAGGUGAACGUGUGCACCAGGUGGCAGCACUUGUUUUGUUCCCAAACAGGUUCAAUUUAAUUAUACGUGUAAUUUUCUAAUAGUAUUUUUAUUUUCAUUGCACUGCACAUUUAGCUCUCUUAUUCUUUCAUCUGUUUGUAGAAUAGUCAUGUUUACCCAUGCCGUCGCAUAAGCUGUGAAUAUAUCGCAUUGUUACUCUAUGGAUGGACCUAUGUUGCGUGGAUUCCGCAGGUGUAACUAAAUGUUAAUGUUUUACACAACAUCAACACUGCUUUCAAGUAGAGAAAAAUAUAUUGUUUCUAGAACUUGUUGAUAAAGAAAGUCUAUUAGCACUAGGCAGAUAGGAUUCUUGAAGUAAUGUAUAGCCACAUGUUGGUAAUUCUUCGUUUAUGUUUUUGGACGAGUUUGGGAAGAUUAGUAAUAAUAUUUUUGACUGGCAUAUUGUUUUCCACAGAUAUGUCUUGGUAGGUAUAACAAUGAAACCUCGGUAGACUAAUGUUGAGAGCUCAGACUGGCAUAUAUAUAUAUAUAUAUAUAUAUAUAUAUAGAGAGAGAGAGAGAGAGAGAGAGAGAGAGAGAG